AUGUCUGGUCACAGACCGAAGCCUCUGGGUGGAUCUUUCAUGUUGGCGUUCGGCACCGGCUCAACAUGGCGAAAGGAAGACCCAGAGACUCUCAACACCGGCCUUGUCGACAUUGUGAAAGAGGCUCUCCUGGCCGGCUAUCGUCACCUGGACACAGCUGAGCUAUAUAACACGGAGAGGGAAGUCGGUGAGGCGAUAAAGCAAUCCGGCGUUCCAGUCUCCGAGAUCUACAUUACCGGGAAAGUGUUCACAACGUCGGACAUCAAAGGAGCGUUUGAUCGCACCUUGCAUCGACUAGGUGUUGGGUAUAUCGACCUCUAUUUGCUUCACCACCCUUACUUUGGCAAUACCAACGCAGAUCUCCAAGCGGCUUGGGUCGAGCUCGAGGCCAUAUACGAUUCCGGGAAAGUCGGCGCCAUCGGUGUCUCUAACUUCACAGAAGCCCACAUCGAGACAGUAUUGGAGAUUGCACGGAUAAGGCCAGCGUGCAACCAGAUCGAAUUGAACCCGUACCUUCAGCGUACUCAGCUGCGGGAGUACCACAAGAAGCACGAUAUACAGACGUUUGCCUUCUCACCCUUGUCGCCAAUAGUCAGAGCGACUCCAGGUCCUCUGGACAGUGAGUUGGAGUCCAUAGCAGAGAAACAGGGAAUAAGUACUGCUGUUGCUUUGAUACGAUGGGCGUUACAGCAAGAGAUUGUGGUGGUGACAACUUCGACGGAGAAGGCUCGGAUGCAGGACCACCUGUUGGCUUUGAAUAAAUCGUUGCCAGAGCAGGACGUGGAAUUGAUCAGUCGAGUAGGUUCAAAGAAACAUUUCAGGGGACGUUGGAAUGAUAAAUUUGCUGCUGGCGAUCGGAACUAA